AUGGACUAUGCUCUCGAUCGUGGUGAUCUAAAACUAGUGCAAACCGCCGUAGUUUCAUUUGUAGGCGCACAAGUCAAUGGCAGCGCUGACUUAUUGGCGGAUCCAAGUGUAGAAUUUGACUACGAUUAUAUCCUGGACUGUCAGCCAACAGCGCACCGCAGCGGUCUGGCACUGGCGCUGUCUACGCGCAAGCUGCAGCUGCGCAGUCUCGAAACGUUGGCGCUACAGCACGAGUUCCAUGCGCACAACAGUACAAUUCACGAGAUCUGGACGUCACAAUCGUCGCCUUAUCAGUUGGCGACGUGUUCCAGUGACGAGUGCGUCAAGCUCUGGGACACACGCACGGCGCUGCCGGCCUUGGUCGUGCCAGUCGGUCAAGAGGUUUGGAGCCUGUCUAUUAACCAUGACGAGACGCUGCUAGCCGCGGGAACGGACAAUCUCGUGCUAUUUUACGAUGUGCGCACGGGUGCGAAGCUUGGAGAGUACGGAGAGAGCCACGUGGACGCCGUCACUAAAGUGCGCUUUCAUCCGACGCAACCGGCGUUCGUGGUCACGGCCUCAGAAGACGGUGUUGUGUGUUGCUUUGAUUGCCGUAUUCCCGACGAGGAUGAAGCCCUUGAAAGUAUUUUGAAUGUUGAGAGUGCCGUUACGACCUUGGGCUUCUUUGGUGAGCUCAAGGAGAACAUUUACUGCCUCACAGGCACCGAGACGCUGGAUUUGUGGAAUAUUUGGACUGCCAAGAGACUGCACCACUAUGACACGAUCCGAGACGAUUGCAAUAGCAACGGCCUGGCUACUGACUACUUAAUCGAUUGCGUGUACAACGAUCAGUCAAAUGAUCUCGUCCUGCUUGUUGGUAACCACGAUGGCGACGUCAAUGCUGUCAAUAUUGGCACGAACGCAGCCUCAGCAGGGAAGUUGCAGCAUGUGGCAGCGCUUAAAGGAGGUCAUAAGGCCUGUAUCCGCUGUAUAUACUAUGAUCCAGAGAGCACAACGAUGUUUACAGGAGGUGAAGACACGCGGCUUUGCAAGUGGGUAGCAGCCGAGGCAAGUAACGGUUCCUUUUCAACGUCGUCGACCGCUUCCUUCAGUAAAAGGGCGAUGGGGUGUGACUCUGCAGGCAUUCGAAAAGCGCGCAAGUCAUCCCGUCCAUACUAG